AGGCCCGAGCCCGCCUCGGCAGCAGUCGGGUGUUGACAAUAACAACAGGGCGGCUGUGAUCCAACGCUCUCCAGUGUGACCUUCGCUGACGUCGUGUGCGAUGGCGCCCGUAACGAACAAAGCCAGCCCGGCUGUGGUCAUAAAGAGGAGUAGUGACACAGAGACGGACGAAGGGUUCCACUCGCCGUCGGCGAGCAGAGCGGAGGGCAGGUGUGAGAACGGGCAGGCGGAAGUGAGUAAUGGCAGCACCAGCAGUGCCAGCGACAGUGACGGACAGCAGGAGCCAGCCUCCCACGCCGCCUCCUGCGGCCACACGCAGGAGGCUACCGUAGAAAGUUGUAGCCAGAGGGAAGCCAAGAGUCGGGAAAGGUCGCGGGAGAGAGAUAGUGUGGAGAAGAAGGCUGCGAGUCUAGCCAAAUAUGUAGUGUUCUCCCUGGUGGAGAAGACGGAGGCGAAGUCGAACGAUAAGGUGGAAGAGACACUCCUCAGGUGUGUCAAGAUGAUGAUGCACAGACACGAGAUACUCUUCAAGGGAAUGAUGAAGAGAUUUGACAUUACCAGAGAGACCGGAUACGUGUCCUUUGUUGCGGUUGCCAAUGAACUAUUUGAAGGUGGAAAGAUGGCUAUUACUUGGGCCAGGAUAGUGGCUCUCUAUGCCUUCGGUGGACAGUUGGCUUUGUACUGCAAAGAAAAAAAUAUAGAGGACUUCAACGACACAAUAGCAACGUUCAUGGGCACGUACGCCAGUGAAGUGAUUGCGCCCUUCGUCAGGAAGGCUGGUGGUUGGAUAAAAAUAUGUGAAGAGUUUCCAGCCGAAGAAGAUAUGGAAAGUAAGGCGUGGAGAUACCUCACAUGGACAGCUAUUGGAUUAGGGUUGGCCGCUACUGCAUCAUUCUUCACCUCUCAUUAGUUACUGCAUUUGCAUGGUACUGCGUUGUGGAACACUGGCGGCCCAGGUGUGGAUAGGGAGGGUUUUAUCAUGCUUGCGGCUCACCUUUUGCACAACCCAUGUGCCAAUUGAUAACACCUUUCAUAGUUUAGCACAUGGCACAAUCACUUCUGUAAAUAUUUGUUAGUGUUGUCAAUUUGAAAUCAUAGGUUGCAUCGACUGACUAUUAACGAUUUAAGCUGGUACUGUACUCCUUGAAAACUCUGAUAAUUACUUGGGUACUGGUCAAACCUAUGGCUAUAAGAAGGGGGUCUGGUUUGAAUGACUACUGUAUGGUGUAUAUUGCAUUUAAUAUAUUUCAGAUCUUUCUUAUUACACAUUCUAUUCUAUGAUAAUAGAAAUAUGGUACUGUGUAUAUUUUUUUGAUGCUUUUUAUGUGUUUGUCGAUUUUGUUUAUUCUCCAUUCCAGUGGAAGAUUAUUAUACAUCAUAAAAUUACAAUUUCUUGGUGUAUAAAUAAUUUCUUUACAGAAAUACACCCUAAAUUUUUUGUACUUUUACAUUACACCUAAUUUUUUUUUUUUUUUUUUUAAUUUGGAUGCAGUUGAUAUGUACACUAACAACCUGCAAUGUUUGUGUUGGUAUUACACUGUACCUAUCGCAGAUUGUUGGGCUUCAGGCUGAAGUAUACAAAUAUUCUACUACACAGACUGCAAGUAAACAAUGAUCAGCUGUGGUUCAACUUUGGCAAUCUUUGACAGUUGACUUCAGUACUGUAUUAAAUUGAUGUCAAAUGCAUCAAUGUUACAACCCCGGUAAACUGUUUCUGACCAUUACCCAGGCCAUAAUAUAAAUAACUGUACAUAAUAUGCUGUGAAAAAUUUAGGGUUUUCAAACUACAUAUUUUUAUUCAUAUCUAAAAUAAAUAUACUUUAUUAAAG